ACGAUACUACAAUUGAUUUCUAUUGCAAGGCCAACAAUGGCGUCUAGGGUUUCCUUGAAGAGCAGCAGUGGCAAGGGCAAAAAGGCAGCGAAGUCGCAGGAAGAAGGAUCAUCCAAGAUUAAGCUCGUAAAGGAGUGGAGUACGUGGGCGAUGAAGAAGGCUAAGGUUAUCACUCACUAUGGCUUUAUCCCUCUUGUGAUCAUCGUCGGCAUGAACUCCGAGCCCAAGCCACACCUCUAUCAGCUCCUCAGCCCCGUCUGAUCUUCUCACUCUCUCUCUAUUUUCAUCGUUAUUUCUGUCCGAUUAUGCUUUGCCUUUCUUGCCCUAUUCGUCGAAUUCACACCGCUUUAUUUUGCUUUACUGAAACCUUGUGGGUUUUAUUGUAAGACUAUUGGUUAAUGUGUUAGAAUUUUAUAUGGAAUAUUGAUAGUUGAUUUCAGUUUCAUGUUCACCUUU